UACAGUUUACAGUUUGCACAACCGAACCGACCAUCAGAAUUAGGCAAAAUUAUUAAGGUGUGAAAAAUGUUGGGUCAAUGAUUCAUUCACACACGUUUCACAAUUGGAUUUAUCGUUAGAUUUGGAACAUCAUUGCUGUCCCAAUUCCACGUUGGCACCAACGCAAUCAAUCCAGAGACCAAAGCAAAAGCAAAAGCACCGAAACGAAGCGAAGAAGAAAGUAACAACAACAAAAAAAUGGCAACGACGAUUCAAUCCGAUAUUCGCUCGGCUCUGCACGUGGCCACGUCGACCAUCCUCUCACGCGGCGGCGGCGGCGGCGGCGGCGGUGGAACCCGUCGAGCAGUGGCUGUUUGUUCGUUUCCCAUUAGGAGAACGAAGUCGUCGUUGAGGCUGAGAGCUUUCUUCUCCUCCUCCUCCUCCUCCUCGAACGACGCCGUUUUGAAGAGUCAGGAAAAACCGCCGAUAUGUACGGCGGACGAGCUCCACUAUGUCCCCGUGUCAAGCUCCGAUUGGAAGCUCGCCCUCUGGCGCUACCGUCCUUCCCCUCAGGCUCCUCCGAGGAAUCAUCCGCUGUUACUGUUGUCUGGAGUGGGAACUAAUGCUAUUGGAUACGAUCUCUCUCCUGAGUCUUCAUUUGCUCGGUAUAUGUCUGGCCAAGGGUUUGACACAUGGAUCCUUGAAGUUCGAGGCGCUGGGUUGAGUGUGCAGGGAUCGAACGCCAAAGAAAUUAAGCAGUCUGCCAAUGAAAGAUCGAGGCAGAUGGAAGCUGCUUCCAAGAGUAUGACCAAUAGUGCUUUUCCCGUGGAACCACAGUCAACUAAUAGCACUAUAGCUUUUGCAGAAUCUGAGACUUUUGCUGUCAAAGAAAAAGAAUCUGAGACCAUGACUGUCAAAGGAGACACAACGGGAAUGGCAACAGUGUGGGAUGAAUCAAGACUGGUAAUGAAAUUGACAGAAACCUUUAUGCGUUUGUCUGAAAGACUCUCUGGCUUUCUCAGUGAAGGUCAAUCCAAGAUCAUGUCUGCUAAAUUAUUUGAUCAGAUUUCAAGACUUUUGGUGGAUUCUCAGUUAUCCGGUCGAUUUAAUGAUAUAAGGGACAAGCUAUUAGGUUUGUUGGAAACAAGGCAAAAUUCCAGUAUUGCUAGCCAAAUCAGGGAUCUGAGCCAAAGGAUUGUAAAUAUCAUUGAUGAGGGCCAAAUAUCUGUUUCACCUCCAUUGUUUGACUUGCAAGAGCGUUUUGUUUCAACAAUAGAAGAUUUCCAGAAGCAACUUGACUUGAUAGUGAAAUAUGACUGGGACUUUGAUCAUUACUUGGAAGAGGAUGUUCCAGCUGCGAUUGAAUAUGUAACAGCAGAAAGCAAACCAAAGGAUGGUAAAUUGCUUGCAAUUGGACACUCCAUGGGUGGUAUCUUGCUUUAUUCAACCCUUUCACGAUGUGCUUUUGAAGGAAGAGACUCGAGAUUUGCAGCUAUUGUUACUUUGGCAUCAUCCCUUGACUACACAUCUUCAAAAUCAUCACUCAAAUUGCUCUUACCACUUGCGGAUCCUGCGCAGGCUCUCAGUGUACCUGUCGUUCCUUUGGGAACAUUAUUGGCAGCAGCUUAUCCUCUCUCAUCUCGACCUCCUUAUGUCUUGUCUUGGCUUAAUAAUCUUAUUUCAGCAGAGGACAUGAUGCACCCUGAGUUGUUAAAAAAGCUUGUCUUAAACAACUUCUGUACUAUACCUGCUAAACUUCUCUUGCAGCUUACAACGGCUUUUCGAGAGGGUGGGUUAUGUGACAGGAGUGGUACCCUUUCUUACAAGGAUCAUGUACAUAAAGGCAAUGUCCCUAUCUUAGCACUAGCUGGUGACCAGGAUCUCAUAUGCCCACCUGAAGCUGUAGAGGCAACUGUUAAACUCAUACCUGAGCAACUGGUUACCUAUAAAGUAUUUGGAGAGCCUGGAGGUCCACAUUAUGCCCACUAUGAUUUGGUGGGAGGACGAUUGGCUGUGGAGCAGGUGUAUCCAUGUAUAACCCAAUUCCUUACUCAGCAUGACUCAGCGUGAUUACCUAGGCAAUGAAACUUCAUGUUACGGAUUGAAUUUGAUUUCCAAGCAGGGAGGAUGUACAGAUAAAGCAUUCCAUUCCUGGAGGACCUUAAAGAUUUUUAGCAGAAUUUACAUUGAUUUUUACUAUCUUGUAAAUUAUCGAUAUAAUUGGUGUUAGGAGAAUCAAAGUCAAGCAAGAAGGAGCAAGGAAAGCAUUCUUUCCAUCAUACAGUGCCUGGAUCUCUGGUCAAUUGUGUAAUAAGAAUUUUGUUCAAAAUAUAUUAUUUCUUGCUUGUCUAACGCUAUAACCUGCCCAUGCCAACACCUUUAAAAGUGUCCUGUGAUAUCUGAUUCUGAGGUAUAAUUUGCUCUAAUACACCUUUUGUUUAUUUAUCAUUUUAGAUUAUAAGAUUGCUGGCAAAAAUCUUGGGUCAAAACAAAGUGUUGUAAGGGUUGUAAUUUAGUCAAAUUUGAGCUGUGUU